AUUCUUUCUUUAUUGUCUUUAUCUAUUUUACAGAUCAGUCAGUACUCCAUUGAAUAUCUCUUAUUUAUUAUUAUUUCUACUAAAAUAUAUUCUUAUAUAUAAAAUAAAGAGGUGGUCCAGCUUUGGUGAAAACAACAAUAGCCAAAGUUUUGCAAGGAAAGAAACAAAAAUCUAUAUAUUUCCUUGUCUACAGAUUUCAAAGCCUUUUUUUCUUCUUCUUUUUCUUUUAUAUAUACAUUAUAUAUUUAUUUGGUAUUUGAUAUUUGAUAUUUGAUAUUUUUAUUAUUCACCAAUUCAUUUUAAACCAAUAGCCUUUCCUUUUUACUUUAUCUUUUUUAUUCAAAAAAAACAAAAAACAAAACAAAUAGCAACAACAACCUUUGCCUACACUUGUGCUGUCUCUAUCGAUCCAAUGACUUCCAAUGUGUACCCAUUAGCCUCUUACAGAACCUCCUUGUACUCCAGAAUGAUCUUCCGGGUCGCUCUAUUCAUGAUUGUAUUGCAGUUACAUGUCGCGCUGGCGCAAACCUCUCUGCCUUUACCUUCGAUCACGUCAAGUCCAGACCUAGACUGUACAAAUAGUACAAAUCAGGAUUACUCGAGUUGUUCAUCAUCAUUAUCAUCAUCAUCAUCAUUAGCAACAACAACAACAACAACAGAGUCGGCAGAAGAAUCAGAAUCAUCGUCAAUAUUAUCCACAACAUCGACCACUGCCACCAGUAACAGCCAUUUGCCGACUUCUCUAUCCGUUUCCGCUUCCUCCGCUCCGUCCAAUACACCAAGAUUAACACCCACACCUUUUGCACCUCAGCCUAGCGUGAAUACAACUGGAUUUGAUUAUGGAAAUACUGGACCAUCCAAGUCUGAAGAGAGCUGGCUCAAGAAGAACAACCGAUUUAUAUUUGUAAUUGUCCUGGGUGUGGUUGUGGGCGGUUUGAUUAUCUGGUACAUAGUAAGAAGUGUCCAGGGUAUGCGGAGACGAUUGGAGCAGGAGAACCAUGCACAGAUGCUGAUGCUCCAGCAAGCCCAGGCUGGACGAAACGACCACCAUCACCGUGUGAUUCCCGAAGAAAGUUUCAAUGGUUACAAAAUGGAAUUAUCUUCAUCUACAAUCCCUAGCUCGCCAGCAUCACCUCUCGCUCCGUAUAAAACCCCAACUGGGUUACCAGCUUCCUAUUGUGGGAUGGGGCUUUGCUCUCCUACACAUUACUACAUUUCUCAAUUAGCAACCUUGCAAUACCUCUUUUAUAUUGUACUUGGACGUACCAAGAUACGCGGGCACUAUUUUGUGAAACAGGAGUUUGACCAUUGUGGUUUUGGUUCAAAUUAUCGAUAUAUUGCCAAAUACUGUGCUUCCACUCUCAAUUUACCGGAUCUUUGA